AUGCCAAAUUUGAGAGAAAAUCCGGUUGAAUUUGAUGUUUUAGAAGGCGAAAAAGAGAAUAUUGUUCCUCUGCGAUCUGGUAGAUCAGCACUGGCACUUUCGAAGAGUUUGAGUCAAAAGACGAGUAAUAUGGAUAAUGCUAAUGGGGAUGCUACUGCCAAGCAACGCUUAGAGUUUGAGAAACGACUUUUGCAGGAAUUGGAAGAUUUGGACGACCCUUUGGAACUUUUCCUGCAGUAUAUUACCUGGAUCAACAAUGCGUAUCCACAGGGUGGUCAGUCCAAACAAAGCGGGAUGUUGGAAGUGUUGGAACGGUGUCUUAUGUAUUUUCGCGAUUUUGCAACCUACAAAAAUGAUCCUCGCUACGUGAAGUUGUGGAUAAGUUAUUUGAAUCUUUUUGCGGGCUCGCCUCUGGAAAGGCAAACUCUGUACGUUUACAUGACGCGAAAGCAGAUCGGGAUUUCUCUGGCAGUGUUUUACGAGAGCUUGUGUGCUUUUCUACAGCAACAGAAACAGUACUCUCAGGCAAGGGACAUUUUGAAAAAAGGUAUCGAAAGUAAUGCUAGACCUUUGGCAAGACUGCGAAAAACGCUUCAAAGAUUCGAUGAACUGGUGCACAAUUCCAAAAUUGAAAUCCAAGAAAUUAAAGGUGGUGAAAGUAUUUUGGACGACGAUCUCGUUAACGUUCUUGGCAAACAAAAAGCCGAGAUCCAAGAGGCCGGUCAAAACGUUCCACUGGCACGAUCCUCGUCUUUCAAAUACGAGAUAUUCAAAGACAUAAAUGAGACGGGGUUGAAUAAAAACGAGCUGCGAUCAGACGGAUGGGAUUACUUCGAUUCCAAACACCAGAGAAAUAAAGAAAAUGAAAUGAGUAAGCAGUUGCUUACUUCUGGGUCAAAUAUCGGAUCUUUAAAGCAAGAAGAACCCACAAAGGCUUCCGCAUCCAGAUUGCCGAUUUUUAAGGAUGCUAUAGGCCGAAGUGGGCCCAUUUACAAAGUUUUGGAAAUACCAGGUCGAAAAUCAGAACAGAUAGACUGCAAUUUCGAUCUGAUAUAUCCUAAUGCUAACGAAGAGUUUUGCAUUGAAGAGAGACUGGCAAUGUCUCGUAAUGUCUAUCAUAAAUUGAGAAAGUCCAAAAGGCUGCCGACAGCGGAGAAUGAUGACCACAGCUCACAUAGAAGGGAAACUAAAAAGCUGAAAAUACCCUUACGUGAGAAAACGCCUUCAACACUGACACCUGUUGCUGCUCUCCAGGAGAUUGAGAUUCCAACCCAACAGCAUAGUUCCGUAGACUACCGAGCAAUUGAGAGAACGUCUAUUUUACCUUUGAAAGACGAAGCCAGCAAUACUGUUGGCUCUUCAAAGACUAACCCACCGGCAUCUCCCACAGUAACAUUCUUUUCGAAGGAUGCCAUCAACGAGGUCUAUUCCAUGUUCAACCAGAAUUUCUCGCUUCCGCCAUCGGUUGUCGAUAAUGAUGACACUGCAAGCAAGUUCGCAAUGUUUGAAAACUUUACACAGGAGUUUACGCGUAAACAUAUGGACGACCUUACUGAAAUCAAGUCAAAAACGCGGCUAGACCAUGGCGAAAAAACGCCUCAUAAAAAUCAGUCAUCUCGUUCCGAACCCAGCAUUUACAAGGAAAACAACACUCCAACAUACAAAAGCAAGCUCCAAGAGUACAUGACCCCCAUUCAAGAAAGGACUGAAUCUAAAUUCAACGUCGGUUUGGCCUUCGAUCAACUGAACGAAGCUACAACGGACAACAAAAACGAAGCAUAUAUCGCGAAUACAGCCGAAAGCUCACCAUUCCUGACGCAACCUCAAAGCGAUGCUAAUGCAAUGAAAGCUCUUCCUAUUUUGAUAAGCAAUCCCUUAAGUGACAAUAACAGGCGUUUGUUGCUGCAGAGCGUUGAUCCGCCACUUUCAAGCUAUGAGACAUUCUACCAGUAUAACCAGCCUCUCAAAAUGAGUGCUCUGCUACGCAAGAUUCACACUGUUUCCAAAAAUGCGAACAAAAAUCCGAUAGUUGACUUUAAAAAGACUAAUGAUUUAUACUGUAUCAGGUCACAGCUCGGGGAAGGAGGUUAUGCCACUGUGUACUUAGCAGAGUCAAGCACAGGAUCAUUGAAAGCCCUGAAAGUCGAGAAACCUGCUAGCAUCUGGGAAUUCUACAUUUUGAGGCAAGUACAAAAGAGGCUCAACGGACAACCCGUUUUGUCCUCUAUCAUCAGUGUGGACUCGCUGCAUUGUUUUCAAGAUGAGAGCUAUCUGGUACUACAUUAUGCCAGCCAAGGUACGAUAUUAGACCUGAUAAAUUUGGAAAAGGAGCGUAACAGCGGACCUCUCGAUGAGCUGCUGGUUAUGUAUUUCGCAGUUGAGCUCAUUAAGAUACUAGAAUGCAUUCACGAUGUUGGUAUUAUUCAUGGCGAUUUGAAGCCCGACAACUGCAUGGUAAGAUUCGAGAUGGGAUCUCAGUCACUUUCGGAUUACAAUGCUAAUGAAAGAACUGGAUGGGAUCAGAAAGGUGUUUAUUUGAUUGAUUUUGGAAGAUCUUUCGACCUCACGCUGGUACCUGCAGGAGCCAAAUUCAAGGCGGAUUGGAAGACAGAUCAACAGGACUGUCCAGAAAUGCGAGAGGGACGUGCUUGGACGUACGAAGCAGAUUACUACGGUUUGGCAGGGAUAAUUCAUGCGAUGUUAUUUGGAAGUUUUAUUGAAACGCGGGCGUUACCAAACUGUCAGUAUGCUUUGACGCAUAGCUUCAAAAGGUAUUGGAGACAGGACAUUUGGCGUCCUCUCUUUGAUAUGCUGUUGAACAGUGGUUCACAAGGUCAGUUACCCAUCACAUCGAGUUUGAGGGACCAUAGACUCAGCCUAGAGAAUGCCUUGGAGCAAAGCGGACACCGCCUGAAAGCCAAGGUAUUGAGCUUAGAAUCCGAUCUGACAAAAUCUAGGAGAUGA